AUGUGGCAGGGAAUUUGCUGAAGAGGCCAAGCAGUAGGAAAGGAGAGGAAAGAGGGACGCCUGCAGAGGAAACCAUCUGCAGAUUCAUUGAGCAAGGAAAAUUUUUGGAAGCUUGUGAUCAAAUUUAUAAUCUGGAGCAUUCUGGAAAUGAUGGUAUGGGAAAGUCUGAAUCACUUUAUGCACUGCUGGCUGAACGAAUGUGGACUGUAGUGGGAGAAGCACUCAGUGGAAGUGACAGGAUGCUCCUGGAGCCGUUGCAGUCAGUGGGGGAAUCACUGAAGUGGGAGAAGCAGAAGGAAGCAGAGCAGCUUGGCAAUGGCCUAGAGACAGAUUCUGUUUCCACCUGGAGCCCAAACUUCUGGAGAAAAGAUCUGGAGGAAAAGCUAAUGCAGUACAUGACAGCCCAGAUUCCCCCGUUUGCUUCCUCUACUAACACAGAUGAGGCUGCACUAAAGCAGCACCUGAGUCACCUGGAAGGGACGUUUCUCCCCAGCCUGGAGCACAGCAGUGAUGUCUUCAGGGAAGCAGGACUGCUUGUCACCUAUGCCCGCUGCUGUCAUGCCUCCUUGUGUUCUCACCUUGCCACACUUACUGACAGCAACAGUUUCAGCUUCAGCCAGAGCCUUCUAAUUUAUGGAUGGAUCAUUAAAAUGUACAAAAGAGGCAGCCAGGCCUGUGAGAGACCCGGGCACAGCCUUUCCCUUGGUGCACAGUGCCUCGUGUGGAUCCUUUUGAAGACUGAGGAAAAGUUACUUGCAAUUGCAAGGAAGGAAGUGAGGAAAGCACUGAAAGAAGCCUUUGAUAUUGGGAAACCCCCUUGGGCAGAUGCUGCAGUCAUUGAGAUAAUAACAGAGAAGACAGAGGCUGCCAGGCAAGUCAGCGAGAGCCUGGGUGAGAAGGUGGAAGCUGAGUGCCUGGAGGAGUGCCUGAGGUUCCUGGAGAGAACUGUCUGGCAUAAGCUAACGUACAUUUGCAGUGUCAGCACUGAGCAGAAUGGUAAGGUGAAUGGAUUCCUACACAGGAUGGAAGAUGACAUUAUGGAGCAUUUUCUGCAGACCAUCACUUCUAAAGUCAAGGGAACACUGAAGGACCACUUCAAAAAGUGUGACAGUGGUUUUGACCACAUCCUUGAAUCCUUAAAGCAAAACUUUUUGACCUUUGGGAAGAAAAAAACAGAUAUAUAUGAGGCCCUGGUCAAGGCUGUCAUUGCCAUCAUUAUUACAGAAUACAUGCAGGCCCUCCUGACCACUCCCAGGAAAACAUCUGCUAUGCAGAGGAGGAGGAUUGUCAACAAGAUAGAAGAAGAUCAUAGGAUGAUGCAAACCAUCUUUAAAGAGUGCUUAGGUCCUGCAGCUGGUUCUCUCAAGGAUCCCAUAAAAGCAAUUUUAGAGCUUGUUCAAACUUCUGAUCCUGAGGGGAUGAAGAUAGCACUUCUGCCCAUUCUAAAAGAAUUUCCUGACCUCAGGAAGGAACAUCUGAGUGCAGUGCUGGACAUCAAAGAUUCGCUCAGCCGAGAAGACAGAGCUGCUCUCUUGAAGGCAUUUCAUGAUAAUUGCAGGGAAUCGGAAACAGAAGCAAAUUUGCUUUUUGCAGAUAUAGAAGUAAAACCUAGAAAAUGUGGACUCUGUGGCUGCCUCUGCUGUUAGCAAAGGCCUGCUGGGAGAAACAUGAGGCCUUGCUCUACUGUGCCGGUGUCUGCAAACACAGCUCCUUGAAAGCUUCACAUGCAGCUGGAUGCAUGGAGAAGCCUGUCAGCCAUGGAAGACAAAAUUUCUGCACUUUUGCAGGAAAACCAUGAGGUUCAAAUCCCAAUCUUAUAUGUAAAGUCCAGGAGGAAGAUGAAUGGGAUAUGGUUGAAAGACAUUUCUUCAAGAUUUCCUAGAGACUGCCAUUCAGCUGAGUCCUGGUGGUUAUUCCCAGGAUGUGGCAAGUGUGGAGGAGGGUUUCCCCUCACUGAAUUCCUCUCUGUUUCCACCCCUUGUUCCAUGAAAUCUCCAAUGGAACCAGGGACUGCUGCACCACAUGCUGUCCCAGCAUUGCAACCUCCUGACGGAUCCAAGGCCUCUGUUAGGGAAUAUUGCCUGGCUGAUUGUGCUGGCAAUGCCUGCAGGUCUGGGCACCUCAGUUUACCCCCCAAAGCCUGACCUGCACCAGGAGGGUGCAGAGAGAGCUGCCUCUUCCCUCCCUCAUGAAGGCUGUGACCUGUUUUGGGGGCAGCCUGCCAUGGUGAGGUGUGGGAUGGGGAGCUCUUCCUGUGUGAGUUUUACAGCUGGCUCAGGAGCAUAGUCUUGCAUUAAUUUUUAUACUUCAGUUACUGGAAAUUUCCUCUUGGAGACAGAGGAGAAAAGCUCAUGGGAAGCAGGCUCUUUGUCCCAGCCUCUGGGCAAGGUCUCUGCUAGUUUUCAGAUGUAAAUAGGCAGUUCUGAAGGAAAAACACUGAUUUUUCUUCCUGGUUAUCUAUGGACUGGUCACAGACCCCAAGUGGGAUGUGCUUCAAGGCCCUCCUUUGCCACUGUGUGAAUAUAGGCCAUUACUGCUCCUCUUUGAGACCAUAACCAAGCAAAAAACUCUACCUCAGAUGUGCCAGUGCUUUUCUGAGCAGCCAUCCCCCCUCGAGUCUGCCACCCUCGCAAGGAGAAGGAAAAUUUGAGCAUAACCUGUCAUUGUGUGUAGCAGGGGACAUGUCAUGCCCUGGUACCCUGAGAAGUGCAGACCCAGCUGGGUGCUGCCAUAUUCUGCAGUGCUGUGCCAUCACCCCAGGGACACAGGUGCCCCAUCCCAGAGCCCUCAGUGCAGAUGGGGUCCUGGAAAUGAACCAGGGCAGGUUUGUAAUUGUCAUUAGCUUUGUUCCUGGUGCAGUGCUGAGUGCGGGGUGAGUGUCAGAGGAGAAGGAAGAAACAGGUUACUCCAUCUCCAGGGAGUCCUCUGUGUGCUUUCAGGGCACCGGGAGACCUUGGCUCUGUUACACUUCAUCCCUCAUGUCACUGAAGGGCAGUGAGAGCAUCCCAUGGCCUGCCUGCCCUUCCUGACUGCCUGGCUGCUCAAAAGGCCAGUGCUGGUGUCUCUAACAUUUCAUAGCUGUCCAUUGUGGCUGCAGUGAGAGCUCCCCUUGGGAUGUGGGAAGGCUGGGGAAUCUGGGGGAGCUACAGCCUGGCUGGGUGGGCAUGGGUUGGGCUGCAGGGCUGGAUAAGCACCUGCCUUCUGAAGGCUGUCAGCCCUGCCAGGCACUGUGGGCCAGUCACCCUCCCCUCCUGCUGAACUGCACAUUUUUUCAGGGAAGGGAUGUCAGACCUGGAUGACAGACCCUAUUGUGAUGGCAGGGUCAGGGUCAGCCUCUGCCAAUGGGAAUUUCAACCAACAAGCCUUCCAGAGAAAAUAAAUAAAACUCUCUCUGACAUUUCCAUCACUGUUGGGCUAAAAAUAAUCCUUCAGCAUGUGGACAGCUCUGGCCAUGCACAUGUCGAUGUCGAUGUGUGUCUGUGCUGUUUGACAUCUGCAGCUACACAAGGGUGUGUUCUGCUUGGAAUCAGCAGCUGGGAGCCCUGAGGGGCACCAGGCUUGCCAUCGCUGUGUGCAGAUCAAUGAGGUUUUGUGGCAGCAAGUUUUUGCACCAUGUGUGAAAACAUCCACUCAUUGAGAGACCAAAUAAAGACUUGAGU